GAUUACGUCGGCUCCACGGCCAAACCCGAGGCCACUCCCGGUGUCAGCCAGGCUCGCUGAGGAGGGAGACUGGACCCGCCCUCUCACUACACCCUUACUGCUCCACCCAUCACUCUCCAUCACCACCACCACCGCCACCGCCAUGUCUUUACCCAGCGGCAGCCCAGAGAGAGAGGUCUCUACUGGGGCUCCCCCUCAGCUCGAGUGCCCCUCCUCCCCUACGGGUUUGGACCCGGACCCCUUGUCGACGGGCAGCCCUGUGCUCAGCCCGGACUCCUCUUCCCAUGAUGCAGCGCUGUCGGCACCGGCGGCCUCCCCGGCAGACUCGGAGAACCUGAGCCCCGAUGAGCUGGAGCUGCUGGCCAAACUGGAGGAGCAGAACAGGUUGCUGGAGGCUGACUCCAAGUCCAUGCGCUCGAUGAGCGGUUCUCGGCGUAACAGCGGCUCCUCCCUGGUGUCCAGCUCCUCUGCCUCGUCGAACCUGUCACACCUGGAGGAGGACACCUGGAUCCUGUGGGGCCGUAUCGUCAACGAGUGGGAGGAGUGGAGACGCAAGAAGGACAAACUUCUGAAGGAGUUGAUCAGGAAGGGGAUCCCUCAUCAUUUCCGCGCCAUCGUCUGGCAGCUGCUGGGUAACGCCACCGACAUGCCAGUGAAGAACCAGUACUCUGAGCUGCUGAAGAUGUCGUCGCCCUGCGAGAAGCUCAUCCGCCGGGACAUCGCCCGCACCUACCCCGAGCACGAGUUCUUCAAAGGCCAGGACAGCCUGGGACAGGAGGUCCUCUUCAACGUCAUGAAGGCGUACUCUCUGGUGGAUCGAGAGGUGGGCUACUGCCAAGGCAGUGCGUUCAUCGUGGGGCUGCUGCUCAUGCAGAUGCCUGAGGAGGAGGCGUUUUGUGUUUUUGUGCGUCUGAUGCAGGAGUACCGUCUGAGGGAGCUGUUCAAACCCAGCAUGGCCGAGCUGGGCCUCUGCAUCUACCAGUUUGAGUAUCUGCUGCAGGAACAACUUCCAGAGCUGAACGUCCAUUUUCGAUCCCAGAGUUUCCACACGUCCAUGUACGCCUCGUCCUGGUUCCUCACCCUCUUCCUCACCUUCCUCCCCCUGCCUGUCGCCACACGCAUCUUUGAUAUCUUCAUGUACGAGGGUUUAGAGAUUAUCUUCCGUGUGGGCCUGGCCAUCCUGCAGUACAACCAGACUGACCUCAUUCAGCUGGACAUGGAGGGCAUGUCACAGCAUUUCCAGAAGGUGAUCCCCCACCAGUUCGACAGCUGCCCGGACAAACUGAUCCUCAGGGCGUACCAGGUGAAAUACAACCCCAAGAGGAUGAAGAAACUGGAGAAAGAAUACACCACGAUCAAGAACAAAGAAAUGGAGGAACAGAUAGAGAUCAAGAGGUUACGCACAGAAAACCGGCUGCUGAAGCAAAGGAUCGAGACUCUGGAGAAGGAGAGUGCAGCUCUGGCAGACAGACUGAUACAGGGUCAGGUGACGCGGGCGCAGGAAGCCGAGGAGAACUACGUGAUCAAGCGCGAGUUGGCGGUGGUGAGGCAGCAGUGCAACACCGCCAGCGAGAGUCUGGAGAAGGCCCAGGACACGAUCAGAGAGCUGCAGCAACAGAAGUACACAGAACAGUUUGUGACCAACCUGCAGACCGAGCUGGAACAGUCCAGACUGCGCGAGGCCGAACUGCAGGGAGCUCUGAAGGAGAUGCAGGACAAGGUGCUGGACCUGGAGAAGAGGAGCAGCUGCCUGCCUGACGAGAACAACAUGGCGGCUCUGCAGGAGGAGGUGAAGCAGAUGAAGCUGAGGGAGCUGGAGACGCUGCGUUCAUUCAGAGAGAUGCAAGACACUGUGACCGAGCUCAACCAGCGCUGGCAGCAUCACAUGUCCCGUGGCAGCAGCACAGGCGGAGGCGGCGGCCACUGGAAGGAAUCCCCGAAGAAGAACGCCAUGAACGAGCUGCAGGACAAACUGAUGACGGUCCGCCUGAGGGAGGCGCAGGCGCAGGCUGAGCUCCGCGAGGUCAAACUCAAAGCCCUGCAGCUGGAGAGCCAGAACCAGAUCCACAGCAAGCUGAUCGGACGCAACGAUCAGGAGCGCUCGGCCCUGCAGGACCGACUGCAGAUGCUGGCCAAUCAGAACAAAGCUCUCCAAGCCCAACUCAGCGAGAUGAAAAGGAAGCAAGCCGAGUCCGACUGCAAGAGUAAAGAGGAUGUGAUGGCAGUGCGGCUGAGGGAAGCAGACAGUAUGGCGGCCAUGGCUGAACUCAGGCAGAGGAUCGCUGAGCUGGAGAUUCAGAAAGAGGAGGGUCUGAUCCAGGGUCAGCUGAACCACUCAGACUCCAGGCAGUACAUCAACCAACUCCGGGACCAGAUCAUCGAGCUCAAGAACGAGAUCCGGCUGAUGCGAGGGCAGAAGGCGACCCCCAGCUCCAGGGUCGGCGGUGUAGGAGGAAGCACCAACUACCAGGAUCUCUGCCUGGCCAGCCCCGCCUCCGCAGAGGGCGACUACCUGAGCUCGGACGAGGACCUGCUCCACAGCCCGCUGCCCGCCAACGCCCUUUACCCCUCCCUGUCCGGCCCCUGUCACCCGUCUCCCCGCCUGGACAGCGAGGGGAGCACGGACAGCGAGGCGGAGGAGCAGGUGAGGAUACACCCGGACCCUCAGCAGCUGUACGGCAGCAUGGUGUGUGCGGAGGGGCUGGAGAACUGAGGCCGGGGAGGAGGCGUGAAGGUUUCAUUGGAUUUCUUUGAGAAAAUAGAGACGCUGGAGCUCUGCAGGGACCUUAAACUGGGACUGUACCAUCCAAACCAGUCCUCCUCCUCCUCGGCUUUUCCAGUGUUUACCUGUAACUUGAGGCAGACCUGGUUGGACCUCUUCUGAUCAUCACACCCCGUCCUCUCCACUCCUGUCACUGUCUCCCCCACACUGUGUCCCCUGACAAAGAGGUAAUGUAAUACCUCUCUCCUCGUUCCCAAUAAACAUAUCCAUCCAAACACAAAACAUGACAAACAGAAACAGGACUGGACCUGCCCCCCAAAAACAACCAACCGGACCUGAAUCUGUGACCAUGACGAGGAGAUGAACACGAGUAGACGGACGAUAAAAAACUCUCCCCCUCUCCUUACAAACUAAACAACAGACACCUGACUCACUGUACAGUCCGUCUUCCUGUAUCAAACUCUCCUCCCUGAUUGGUUCAGGUGGUUAAAAACAAACAUCUGUAUCCCCCUCUUUUCCCCCUUUUAAACUUCUCAUUGGAAAGACUCAAACUUCCAUCAGCCAUCGAUUUACCUCUCAGUAGACCGAGUGUUUAAAAUACAAUUUAAAAAAAGGUGAAAAUGUACCCAUUCCAACUGUAGGGAUAAGACAAGAUGGCCGCCAUACAUGAAACAUGAAACACUUGAACAUAUCUGUAUGUGUGUGUGUGUGUGUGUGUGUGUGUGUGAGUGACGUCGGAACAUAUUCACCAGAACACGCAGAAAAAGAAAGAAAGAAACCUAAGUGUUGCCAAAUGUAUUGGUUUUCUUUUUAUUUAUUUAUAUGUUGUAAUUUAUUUUGAUAUUUUUUUUAUUUUUUUAUAUAUCUAUAUGAAACUGUAGGAAGCGUAAGGUACCGACAGAGGCCAAACUUUACCCAGCGUCCUUUGUGCCAACGAGUCGCCUGUGAGUGUUUCAGAGAGGGAAAAUGUGCUGCUAUGGUUUUUCAAACGACUCCUUCCAUUCCUUCCUUUCUGUUUCCUUUUUUUUCUUUCUCUUUUCUAUCUUUGUGAGGUGAGCGUGCAACUUCCUGUUAACUCUGCCAUCGAUUCCUCAGAAGACGGUGACGUUGCAGACCGAUCACAUCCGACAUACUGAGCACUUUCACUUGAUCUAAUAGCGGAGAGUCUGAAUAUUCUGCAAUAAUGGGAAUCAUUUGUUUCUUCAUCAUUAAUGUGAAUGUUGUGGUUAAAGGAAUAGUUUGAGAACUACAUUUAUUCCCUUUCCUGCCGAGGGCCAAAUCAAAAGAUCAACACAUCUCUGAAAUGUGCCUAACAGAGGAAACCCAUUUUGAAUGACUGCUGACAUAUCUAAUUAAUUUAUGUUUAAGUAAACUUUCUUCUCUUGAUGUUGAGAGGGGGUGGUGCCCAUUGCGCUCAUUGUAACAAAGCUCUAGUGUCCCGUAUCCGUCCUUCAUAAUGACUCACAGCAUCUCCACACAUUUGAGCCUCUGGAAGCUCCAGAUUUAAAUCUGGAUUCUAAUAAUAAAAGUAAUGUAAAGUCAUAUAUACAAACUUUAUUUACAGAUGAUACAGCUGGGGGAUUAUUGUCCUGAUAACUAGAAAGUUUGCAUCUGACAUCCCUUCAAAAUACUGCGGCGCAGUUACCGCCGACUCGCACCAGAUGCUAACUUUUACACGCUUACAGCGCGGCUGUUAGCAUCAUCAUUUUUCAUAAAAAUUGGCACAUUUUGCCCCAAAUGAAUGCAUAAUGGCUGAUUUACAUUUUUUGUUAAAACCGCACUGGCGCACAGUGACGCUGUUAGCUCUGCAGCGAAGUUAAGGGUGCAGUUAACCCUUUGAGUGCACUCAGAGAAUAAGGCUGUCUUUUUGACUCCUUUGCAAAAGUAUAGAGUGUGAACCCUGAGUGCAGUACACAGUUUAACACAGACAGGAUAUCUGUGAGUAAGUGAGAUUUCAGGUCGAUCCUUUCAGCCUUUGGAUAAAGCUAUGCUAACGGUUUCCGCCUGCAUCCAGUCUUUAUGCUCAGCUAAGCUAAGCCAAACACCUCCUGGCUGUAAAGAUUCAUAAUUAACACAGAAAUGAGAGUGCUGUUAUUAGUCAUCUAAUCAAAGCAAAUAUAUGCGUGCACUUCUCAAAAUAUCAAACUAUUCCUUUUAAUCAUCAGUACGUCAUAUCGACAAAAAGAAUUCCAGGUAAUCAAGUUGAUCUGGAUGCAUCAUAUCCUGUGCUCAUAGUGACGACAUUUUGUGGAUGGAGAUGUUCAUACUGUAAGGACAAAACGGCUGCCAUCAUGACUAGAGGAAAAAUAUUUUACAUAUCAAACAUUAAUAUAGCGUGUGUACAAAAAAAAGGGUUUUAAAAGAAAUGGAGAAAUAUGAACUUCUACAGUGUAAGAGGAGCUGUGGGAAAGAUGUGACGCUGUAUCUGUAAGUUUCUGCAGACGGUGAGAGUGGGUUUAGGUGAUCAAACAGGGUGAUGUACUUUUUGCACAACACAGAAAGAGGGACCUCUGCACAUAACAAUGAGCAGUGAGGGAUGCUUUUGAAUGGAUUCAUGGUGAGCUCAGCGCCUACUGAAACCAGCCCUGCAGGGAGUCCUCAUUGAUCUCGAACAUUCAUCAUCCAGACUCUGUUUUUUUGUUCAUUAUUCAUCAUACUAAUGCUAUUUCACAAUGCUGCCCAUUAUUUGUGUGCAGUGCAACUUCAAUGGUACUGGGGAUAAUCAUCGCCACCUUCUAAGAAAUAAGGAAACUGGGUCAUCCAGUAGAGGCCAUGAGACUGCUAAAGAGGAUGUAGGUGUGCCGACACUGCUCUUGCAAAUAACAGCUUUUUAGUGGUCGUUCAUGGGUGUAACACAAAAUCUCAGUGCUGGCAGCUGUGUCAGAACAGAUAUGUGUUGUACGACUGGUGUCACUUGAGUUCCUUCUAGUUCUGUGUGUACAAAGUGCAAACUGGCAGCAGCACUGACCGUGAGGAAAACAUCUUUUAAUGUGUUUACUUUGUGUCAAAACUAGGGCCCGACUGAUGCAGGGUUUCUGGGGCCGAUACUGAUAUCGAUAUAUCGGCCGAUAUCUUUUCUUAGAUCUAUCUUCGAUCUGUAGGAUGGAUGGAUCUCUACAUAGAUAGAGUGUAGUGUGAUACAAUGAAACUGAAAUGAAAUGCUGUUUGACUGGUUCAUAAAAAUUGUUAUAUCGGCGCAUAUCCGCAAUAAAAGUAGCCGAUACCGAUAGUCACUUGAUGCGCAAAUAUCGGCUGGCCGAAUAUUCAGUCGGGCUCUGGUCAAAACUGACUGAAUUCUUCUCUAUCAGUGAUAAUCUAUAUGGUUUUCACUCUGUCACAUGUUUACGUUUUGGUGCAUGUUCUGGACAAGCCUGACAUCCCACCUUCUUUUCCCAUUUUAGGACUCUAAAGUGGGGUCAUCGACAGCCACAGAACAAAAAUGCCUCUGCAUACUGAGGCAGCAAAACAUGUGGCGCAGCAGCAAAACAUGUGGCGCAGCAGCAAAACAUGUGGCGCAGCAGCAACCUGCAAGAGUGGUUUCGGCUAAUUCCCUCAUCUUAUUCACUCGGCUUUGACUAAAACAUAACAGAGGUUUGGCAGGAAAUCAUUUGGUAGCUAACUUCAUACCAAAUGGAAAAAAGCCAAUUGAAAACAUUCCACUUAAGCUGCUGCGGUCAUGUUUGACCUUUAAUCCUGCACCCCGGUUAGGUUAAUGAUUGUGAUUGGCUCGACCAGAAUCCAGACGUUUGUUGAAAGAGCAAAUAAAACAUGAGCUUGCAGACGCAUCCGAGGUUACUCUCAUAAAUCAGAUGUGUCCAAUUCAGAGACUGCAUCCUGUCAAGGGUAGGACAGAUCGCAUCUGCAAAACCAAGGCUGUCCGAUUUUGAAGGCUCCUUCAGAUUCAGAUUCAGAUUCUUUAUUAUCCCACAAGGGGAAAUUUGCGUUGCAACAGGAGCACACAGAA